AUGUCUAGCCCAGCUACUCAGAUUGCGGCUGUGAUCCCCGCAUCUGGAGGAAAAGAUGUUUCGGAUGUGAAAAUCAGCUGCACGCAUCCUGUCCCAGUUCCAGGAGUCGGAGAAGUCCUCGUCAAGUUGGAUUUCUCAGGGGUCUGCCACUCUGAUGUGCACAGCAUUCGAGGUGACACGCCUAUGAAGACAGAUGUCGCGGGUCACGAGGGCGUGGGAAAAGUGGUUGCAGUUGGGAGUGAUCUUGAUAAGAGUCAAUGGAUGGGUCAAGCAGUGGGGAUAAGGUACGUAUGGAAUAUGCGAUUCCGUAACUUGCCUCCGGUUGGCCUCGAAUUCCUACUGAUGUCACCAUUGCCAUAUUUUAGAUGGCUGUAUAGCUCUUGCCUCGAAUGCGAAAUUUGUGAGGUUAACCAUACAGCAUGCCCUAACCAGAGAAACGCUGGUGCAAAUGUUCCAGGUACUUUCCAACAAUAUAUCGUUACACCCGCUAUUCACGCAACAAAGAUUCCAUCUGGCCUGUCUCUAGAUUCAGCGGCUCCUCUUCUCUGUGCUGGCAUUGCGAUGUACUCUUCAAUCAAGAAAGUUAGGGCCCGGCAGGGGAACUGGCUUGCUAUUCUUGGUGCCGGUGGAGGUUUAGGCCAUAUGGGCAUUCAGAUCGCAGCUAAGCAGGGCCUUAGGGUCCUUGCAAUCGAUACGGGAGACAAAAAGAGAGAUCUAUGCCUGUCACUUGGGGCCACUGAGUUCCUGGACUUCCGCAAAGUGGAUAUAGUUGAAGCGGCUAAAAUGAUUACAUCUGGCCUAGGUGUCCAUGGAGUGAUUUGUACCGCCAAUGGAGAAGCAGCAUACCAGCAAAGCAUGCAAAUGCUUCGGCCAUUGGGUACUCUAGUGUGUGUCGGGAUUCCGCAUGUUCCAUUCCGGGUCCCAGCGACCCCUUUCGAGAUGAUAGUCAAAGGCCUCACGAUAGUUGGGAACUCUGCUGGAACCGCCGAGGAAAUGGAUGAACUAUUGGCGAUGGCAGUUAACGGUGAUGUAAUAGCGCAUAUCGAGGUUUUUGAUCUAGAAGAGAUUGUCGAUGUGUUGCAACGACUUGAACGCUCUGAGAUUGAAGGAAGAGCUGUUUUGAGAAUUCCCUAG